AUGACUAGAAAUGAUAGUUAUCAUAAUUUGUUUAAACCGUAUAUCAGUAUGAGGACAGAAUUUAAGAGUGAACAGUCUAUACCUUGCCAGACAACGAUUCCAACAAUAUGCUGGGAUACCAAAUGGUUCAACAGUUCGGCUCCAUCAAAGUUAAAUAGAUCCGAAUACGAGCAACAGUCAGCGAAAGUUCUGGAUUCUGUAUGCUCAAAUGGACCAAUAACCGCUGCAAGGUGCAAGGAUUCAAAAGGCGAAUCCUUUACCGGCUUCAGGAAUGACUCCGUCAUCAAGUAUAUCGCAAAAUGUGACGUCACAAAUGGACUUAUCUGCAAUCCAUACAACACCUCAAAGGACUCUAUAUGCCCAGAUUUUCAGAUACAAUACGGCUGCACGUGUCCCAGUACAACACCAACUCAUUCAGGAGGCGGUGCUCAUGCGAUAGGCGGUGGUGGAGGUAAUGGGAGUGGUUUAAGAGGUGGCGGAAGCGGUGGUGGAGGAACUACAAGUCGGGUAAAUUCUUCAAUGCCUGGUACCGGACACAAUGCCGGACCGGGAAGUAAUGGAUCUGGAACCGGAAGUGGUACAGGGCAAUCAAGUGGAUCUGGAACCGGAAGUGGUACAGGGAAAUCAAAUGAAACUGGAAACGGUUUUCAAAAGAAUUGUGUCAAUUACUUUCUUCUGUUUAUUUGUACAAUCCUGGAACUAUGUAGAGUGUUUGCCAUAUAAUUCCUACUUGUUUAAUUUCGGGUGUUAUUGUUUUUUUAUGACUUUCUUUGCCAACAAUGUUUUGUUUAUAUAACAGAAUGAAAUCAAAACGUGAAAAACUUGUCACAUAGAUAUAUUUUGAGAAGAAAUAAAAAAGAAUAGGAAACAUGAUAUAUCAACAACACUUAUAAUACAAACACUGAUUGCGAGGUCAGUGACAAAUAUCAUAAAAAACGUUACACUAUUAGAAAUAAAAUUCACAAAACCUUUCGGAAAACGUGAUUAUAUUAAACGCACA